AUGACAUCGGAUGAGCGUGACGCUGUUUUCUCCGUCGAAUCGCCGGAGCUGGAGGAAGACGGCAGCGCCGGUGGCGGAGUAGAAGUGGGAGGUGGAGGAGGAGAGACAGACUCCGACGAGGAUUUGCGUGAGAACGAAGAUGUUGUCAUGCCAGAGCCAAACGAGGCAGACGACGACGAUCCCGAAUACGAAGAUCUGAAUUCUCCGUCUAUGGUCUCCGCCGUUUCCACGGCUCCGCUACUCUCCGCGACGGCGAAGUCUUCCUCCACAGGCACCGUAACCGUCGCUCUUCCUUCCGGAUCCGCCGUACCCGUCGCCGCGAUCCACGCCGAUUCCGAUCCGAAAUGGCACCGCAUGACCGAGAUCGUCCAUCAGAGACCGCCGAUCGACGACUCCAGGCGUCUCUUCCAGAGGCUGUGGACCGACGAGGACGAGAUCGAGCUCCUCCGCGGCUUCCUCGAUUACAUCGCGAGCCACCGCGGCACCAGCUCGCAUCCGCCCGACACGGCGCCGUUUUACGAGCAGAUAAAAUCGAAGCUCCAGCUGGAAUUCAACAAGAACCAGCUCGUGGAGAAGCUCCGGCGGUUGAAGAAGAAGUACCGGAAUGUGAUGAGCAAGAUCAGCUCCGGCAAAGAGGUGUUCUUCAAAAGCCCCCACGAUCAAGCGACUUUCGAUAUCUCUAGGAAAAUCUGGAAUCAAACCGGCAAAAUCAUAGGGUUUGAAGAUAACAAUGUGAUGGAUUUCGAGGAAACCAACCAUGUAAAUAACAACACCAAUGGUAGCUCAGCUUUCAACGUCUCCAUUGUUAAUCCGAAUGUGGAGAUUGAUUCUGAGAACGGGAUGGAGAAGAAAGUGACGAUGAGUAGCAGUAGUGGUUCGAGAAAACGAUCACGAUCGAGAGUAGGAAAGAUCGAUGAGGAUAAGUCCGUUCUCGGUGACGGGGCAAUUCCAAAUGUUAACCUUAACGAGAGUGUAGCUGCCGUUGGUGAUUUCGGUGAGGGGCGGAAUCUAGGAGGGUUGAUAGAAGAGACGGUGAGGAAUUGUGUGUCACCGAUGAUCAAAGAGAUGAUGAAUGGUACGACGGGGAUGAUGAUGGCUGCUGUUGGAGGAUUCCCGGGAGGUGGUGGUCAUGCGUUAGGUGUGUUGAGCCCAAUGCUGAUGCAAUCGCUGAAUGUUGGGUUUGGUGGUGGUGGAGGUAAGGGAUUAGGAGAUGAACGGUGGAGGAGGCAACAGAUUCUGGAGUUGGAAGUUUACUCGAGGAGAUUAGAAUUGGUUCAAGAGCAGAUUAGAGCCACGGUUAAUGAGUUAAAGACAAUGCCUAAUGGAGGAUGA